AUGGCCCAGGUUCCCUCAGAAGUUCAAGAUGUCUCUCCUCAGAGUGGAACAACUGACUCAGAAAACACCGCUGAAGCUCCAGGCUGGUAUCCCACAAUCGAUAAUGACUUGGAUUUAAGGUCUGUAGUUGAGGAAAAUGCCUUUCAAGCUUUGUCUGAAGGACCCUUGAUAAAAAGACCACGCUAUACACUUUGUAACUCUGAUACCCCAGAAGGGAAUGAUUUUGUUUCUCUGACCUUUCCUGUAAAACUUUGGAAGAUAGUUGAAAGUGAUCAAUUUAAGUCAAUUUGGUGGGACGAAAAUGGGACUUCUAUUGUGAUAAAUGAAGAAUACUUUAAGAAAGAAGUGUUGGAAAGAAAGACUCCUUUUAAGAUAUUUGAAACAGACAGCAUGAAAAGCUUAGUUCGGCAGCUCAACCUUUAUGGAUUUAGAAAAAUACGACAGGAUUUCCAAAGAUCGGCAUCCCUGACUGACUUUCUGGAAGAAGAAAACAGCAUACCCGUUUUUAGCAAGUUACAGUUCUAUCAGAAUCCAAAUUUUAAGCGAGGCUGUCCCCAACUUCUAGUAAGAAUGAAGCGCAGAGUUGGGAUUCAACAUGCAUCACCACUAUCUGCUUCUUUAGUUCACGAUCUUGACAAGACGUACCUCAGUGCAGGCGAGUAUGUGCAGUCUCAAAAUUCUAGUUCAUCUACACAAACUAAUGGAGAACGUUUACUUUCAACUUCUACAAAUUUAAGUGUGCCUCCUACUAGCCAUAGAAUUGCUAAUUCAAAUGAUCCAAUGACAAGGAAUAUUUUGACUCCUCCAUCAACUUCCAUUGCACCAUCAGUACAAUUUGUAACAAAUCAACAUGCUCUUUUAAAUCAAAUGACCACUUCUCAUAGGCAUUCAUGUAGUACCUACACUCAAGCACAUGGCCAUAUCCUGAACAUUGUGACAACUACAACUUCUAUUUCCCAAUUUCAAAUAUUGUCUCCUGUGCAGAAUAAUUAUUUUGGACUAAUGGCAAACCGUCCUGCUUUUGCACCUAGACAUCCUUCUUUACCAACACUUGUGGGUCCAUUUUCUAGCACGCUAACAGCAAGUAAUCCAUGGUUCACUAUGCCAAUGAUAGCUAGUAGAACUGCUGCUGCUCCGUCAAUGUCAACUAAUCAACCAUCCUCAAUAUACCAAUAUCCUAAUUACAACUGA